AUGACAACCAUUUUUUAUGAAUUAUUGUUUUUAUUUAUUAUUGGCGUAACCAAAACUUUUGGUGUCAUAGAUUGUGGUAAAGGGCAAUAUAGUUAUGGACCCAGUUGUGAUACCUGUCCUAAAGGAUAUUAUUGCCCAGAUGGAUAUAACAUGGUUGCAUGUCUAUCAGGAACUUACACACCAAAUACAGGAAUGGCGUAUUGCGAAAGUUGUAAAGAAGGUUCAUAUUCAACAGGAGGAUCUUCUGAAUGUGUUUUAUGUACAAAUGAAACGUGUGCAUCAUGUGAUAGCACAAAUGGCAAUUGUCUUACUUGUCGUGCAGGAAGUGGGUUUGUUGGAAAUAAUAAAUGUGAAAAGUGUUUACCUGGAUAUUAUUCAACUGGAGGAAUAUUAGCAUGCUCACCAUGUUCCCAAAAUUCUUAUUCUUUUCUUGGAUUUUCAAGUUGUAUAGCUUGUGAUAUUUCGUGUUUAUCUUGCGAUGAAACGAAUGGUGAUUGUUUAUCUUGUUAUGGUGGAUCUGUGAUUACUGAAGGAAGGUGUGUACCAUGUCAAGCAGGAACUUAUCGAAAAGGAAAUAGUUGCUAUCCAUGUGGUCAUAAUAAUGAUGAUUUUUCUUUAUCGAAUAGUACAACAUGUACUACUUGUGACAAUUGUACAACAUGUGAGACACAAACUGGACAGUGCACCUCGUGUAAAGAAGCGUACGUUGUAAAAAAUGGGAUGUGUUUGCCUUGUGCAAGUGGUAAUUUUUACAACAAAACAGAGAAAAAUUGUCAAAAGUGUCCCAAAGGAACAUAUUCAUCAUUACCAGGAAGUGAAAAUUGUUUGGAAUGUCCAAUUGGCUCUUACUCUGACAAUGAGGGAGCAUCAUCAUGUAUUAGAUGUGACGAUUCAUGUAGUGAAAACCAGUGUAUUAAAGAUAGUGGAUAUUGUAUCUCAUGUUCAGCAGGAAGUAUUAAAAAUAUGAAAAUAUGUUCAGUUUGCAGUGGAGGGACUAUUGCAAAUAUGAAAACAAACACGUGUGAUAAUUGUCCAGCUGGAACUUAUUCAAAAUCGCGUUCAACAGAGUGCACAACAUGUGAAGAAAAUACGUACUCAUUGGAGAAAUCAGCAACAUGUAAUUCGUGUAGUAAUACAUGUAAAACGUGCGAUAAAACAAGUGGAAAGUGUAUUACUUGUGUAGAUGGGUAUGGCUUGGAUAGUUCAAAAAAUUGUUUGAUUUGUACGAUUGGUACUUAUUCUUUGAAUUCUAAAUGUACCGAAUGUGGUGAUGGCUUUUAUCAAAACAAAGAUGGACAAAAUGCUUGUAAACAGUGUAACUCUUCGUGUACUUCUUGUAAUAAAAACAAUGGAGAAUGUAUCGAUUGUAAAGCGGGAUAUGGUUUUGAAUUUGGUCGAUGUAUAAUUUGUGGUGAUAAAUAUUAUUCACCAGGUGGGAAAUUUUGGUGUGCACAUUGUCCAAUUAAAUGUGAAAAUUGUAUUCGAGAAAGUGGGGUAUGUACAUCAUGUCAAUUUGGAUACAAGGAGAUAAAUAACAAUGGAAAUAAAAUAUGCGUCUCUUGUUCUUUAAACGGUAAUUGUUUUUCUUGUGAUUCUAAUGAAAAUGAAUCACAAAGAGAAUGUGCCGAAUGUUCAAGUGGAUAUUACUUGGACAAUAACACGUGUUUGACGUGCGCAAAUAUACCCUCGUGUGUAAAAUGUUCAACCACAACCAAUGAGUGUUAUUCAUGUGAUAAUGAUUUAAUUUCAAAUACAACUCGGUGUAUUUCUUGUGAUACAGGAAAAGUAAAAACAAACGAAAAAACGUGCUCGGAAUGUUAUCUUGUUAUUGAAAAAUGUCAACUUUGUGAGUAUAACAAUGGAAAUCCAAUUUGUUCAAUGUGUUAUUCUCCUUAUGUUGUUGAAAAUGGAAAAUGUGUUUUGUCAUAUUCAAAAACGACUCAUUUUGAUUAUGAAACAAAAUCUGAAAUAUCUAAUGAUAUUGGGUGUCUCUUUCAAGUAAACUCAUUGUGUUUUUCUUGUGAUCAAAAUUUUUAUCUUCAUGAAAAUAAAUGUUACCCGAAAGAUAUAAACUGCCAAAAAUACUCCAAAACAACUUGUGAAAUAUGCGAACCAAAUAUCAUAAUAACAAAUGGAAAUUGCUCAUUAAACGAAGAGUGCAAAUAUCAAUUAACUCAAAACGAAAACAAAACUUGUUUGAUAUGUAACAAUAACACGGAUUGUGGACUUAAUGUUGUAAAUUGUAAAUAUACACAAAACGAGUUUUGUUAUUUAGCAAUUCAAAAUUAUUACACAACUGUUGAAAAAUUUGGUCAAACCAAAUCAUGUGGAAAUGCAGAAUUUUGUCGAUUAAAAGAUGGCAAUAUGGUUGACUUUGUUUGCAAAGAUAAUUUUGUGUUAACUUCAAAUCAAAAAUGUUUAAUAGAUUCAAAGUGUCAAACAAUAAGAGGAAGUGACUGUGUCGAGUGUAUAACAGGCAAUCAUAUAAAUAACAGUGUUUGCAUUGAUAAUGACAUCGAUUGUUUAAUUCAAAACAAAGAUGUGUGUAUUUCAUGUAACAAUAAAAUGACAGUUGAAGGGAAAUGUGUUUCAAUAGAUUCCAUUCAAUGCAAAGAAUUCAGCGAUAAUAUAUGUAAAUCAUGUGAGGAAACUCAUUAUAAAAACGUUGAAGGGUGUGUAACUAAAAUGGGAAAAUAUGAUAACUGUCAAUUUGUAGAUGUAGUUUAUGAAAUUUGUAAUGAGUGCAUCACACCAUAUCUUUUGGUUGAAAAUUUGUGUGUAAAAGAUACAACAAAUGUGAAUUCAUUUAUUAAAACAAGUACUGAAUACAGUGACAAUUGUAUUGAAAGAAGUUCCAAAGGGUGUUUGCGAUGUAGUGAUGGGUAUUACAUAAUGAAUUCUAUUUGUGUUCCCUGUAAAUCCCCGUGCUAUUAUUGUUCAAAUGAAACAUAUUGUUCAAAAUGUGGUAAAUAUUCAUAUGCGACGAAUGGCAAAUGUAUUGAAAUAAAUGAGUUAUUAAGUACGUGUGAUGUGAUGAUGUCCACAUACGACGGGUGUGUUGCUUGCAAAAAUGGGUAUAUGCGAUCUUCUGAUGGCAAGCAAUGCGACAAGUGUGAUGUAUCAUGUAAAACAUGUUCCAAUGAUGGGGAUUGUGUGGUUUGCAAUGACACGUAUUAUAGAACUCCAAACAAUAUAACAAAAUAUUGCAAUCCACAAGAUGAACUUACAAAUUGUUUGAAUAAAACGACAAGUGGGUGCACUCAAUGUGAAGAUGGUUUUGCACUGAAAGACAAUUUGUGUUACAAAUGCAGUGAAAAUUGCACUUCAUGUAUUACCAUUACCGAGUGUUUGGAUUGUGCAAAUGACAACAUUCUUAUUGAUUUUAAAUGUGUUCAUUUUACACAAAUAAGUAAUUGUAUAUCAUCACAAAACUCCGUUUGUACAAAGUGCUCAGAUGGAUAUGAAUUAAGUAGCGACAAACUAGAAUGUGACAAAUCGUUUAAUUAUUGGUUGGUAAUUGUAUUACCAGUUGCAUGUGUUGUAUUGAUACUUCUAAUUCUUAUAUCAUCGAUAAUAAUUGUUAUAAAUAUAGUCAACAAAAGUGAAGAAAAAUCGAUAACUAAAAAUCUCUGUAUAUUCAAAAUGAACCGCUCUAAUAUAGUGAUGACUAAAAUUGGUGAAGAUGUUUUUUCAAACAAACAAGAAAUAUCAUUUGGAGAUCAAAAUGACGAAAUUGAUAUUGGAGUUGAAAGUCGUGAAUUGUUGUGUGUUGGAAACGGUUCGAAGAGUCGUUUAAAAGUUCAAAUUUCAACAAAAACAGAUACUGAUAAAUACACAAUCAGAACUGAACCACAAAUUGUUACUCUUAAAUAUGGAUUUGCAUGCGAAUUUGAAAUUUUUUUAACACCAUAUUGCACUAUGCAAUUAAUAGAUGAAAUUAUAAUAAUUGCACUUGAUUUGACAACAGGUAAACAAAACACAACUUCAAUUAAAAUUACAGCACAAACAAAGAACUCCACACGACUGGAUUAUGAUGAAAUAAUAGAAGAAAAGAAACUUGGCGAAGGGUCAUUUGGAAUUGUGUACAAGGGGACUUAUAGAGGCAAUGUCAAUUUGAAAAUGAAAUUAAUAUGUUGGACAAAUUUCGAAAUGAAUAUAUUGUCCACUUUUACGGCGCUGUUUUAA